AUGGUUGCAAGAGACACCGCUCUUAAGGCACCCAAGACGCCGGCGCAAGUCGAUAUCCCGGUUCCUAGCCAAGAAGAAGCUAUACCUUUGCGUUCAUCCGGCUCAAGCGGCGGUACCACUGCUUCAAGUGUCCCUACAUCAACUGCUCCGGUGGCAGAUCCAGCUACUUCUGGACAGUUACUGGAGGAAAAAAUGAUGGAGCGUCAUCAUAUUUUCUUGGAGACGUUCAUAGAGCAUGCGACAGCCCAGCACACCAGGUUCAUGGUUUCAAUGACCGAGCACCAUAUGACGUUCUUGCAAGCCUUCGCCACCGCUCAAGUUCAACAAGAUACCGAUCUCCAGAGCGCCGUCGCGGAACAUCAUCGCAAGAUCUUGGAGAAACAGCGUGCAUACCUUGAUUCCCAGCAGAGAGCUCUAGAAGAGUUGUUGUCGGAGCAAAGGCUCACUAGGGUUACAGUCAGGAACCUUUUAUCGGCAAAGCGCAAAAGAUCGUGCACUUUGGAAGUUGACGAACAAGCGCUCAAGAGAAUCCAAAACGACCCAUCUUACAUUGUUCGUUCUACUCAAGACAAAUAA